UAAUGCAGGCUUCUUUGGUCCUCAGGUGUUUGAGUGGGUUGCAGUGGGGAAGUUUGUUGGGAAGUGUGGGCGAAUCCCCACCUGCUUCACCUCUCAGAGCUUUGUUAAACUUUAUACGGGUUUUGCAGCUAAAUAUUUGAGUUGGUUGUUAAAGAUGAAUUCAUCCUCCUCCAAGAUUAUGCUGAAGAACACCUCUUCCAUGUCAUUGGAUGAGCGCUUUACCAUGAUAUUGAAGAAUCAGCAGAUGCCUCUGACUCACAGGAGAACUGUUCCUGAACAGCUGACUUCUUCUGUGAAGAACCAACUUCUGGCUCAGCAAAUGCCCAACCGCCCUUCAGUUGUGGCUGCUCUUCAGAGCCACUUGAAUGUGAAGCGGUAUCAGUUUAAGUCCAGUGUCAAGUCAAGGCUAGGGAGGCCCACGAUGAUGAGAGGCCUGUCUAGGAUGCCCAGAUCCUGGGAAAGACAGAGAGGAAGAGGGACACUGAUGAAGCAAGUUUUGUCAAAAAUAUUGAUAAAUGGGAGCCUGAGUGAACAACAGCCUAAACCUUUUGUAAGCAGAGGUGGACCUAGACUGAGUAGAGGAUUAAGAGGAGCUCUCCGAGGCAAAGCAGGCUCGCUGUUUGUAGGCUGUGGCUCAGCUGGAAGAAGUGCUAGACCAGCUAGUCGCCCUGUCCCCACUCGCGAGGAGCUGGAUGCACAGCUAGAUGACUACAUGUCCCUGACAAAGCGUAAACUUGAUGCCCAGUUGGAUGCAUACAUGGCAGAAGUUGACCAUGAAGACCUACUGCAAUGAAGCUUUCACCCCCACAAAGUUAUUUUGUACUUAUGGUGUGUUUAAUAGCCAGCUCAUACAGAUUAAGCUUAUGUUAAAAGCACUGAUUAUCCCCAAACAUUUAACUAUCCUUAGAACCAGGUCACCUAGAGGUUUAAUAUUGUUGAGUUAACACUGUUAGAAGUGACUGCAGUGCAUUGUUCAAGUUAAUCUAUAUUACAAAAGCUUGUCUUUACAUGAUUUGUUGACUGAAAAUGGGGGAAAACGGAAACCUCAGUUACUGAAGUGUUACGGAAGCUUAUGUGUAAUUCCUGUAGAAAGUCCACAUCUUAAUUUUUUUUUGUUUUGUAUUUUUGGCAACAGAAUUUUGCUUCUUUCAUUAUUUGUACUGAAAGCGGAAGAAUGUUCUUAUAAAAAAAACAAAUACAGAACAGUGUUAUAAUAAGUAUAUACAGCUCAGGUCAACAGUUUGAAGCUUUUACAGCGCUGUGUCUGGAUGUUUAAAAAUUAAGUAUUCAUGUUCAUAAAAUGUGGGCACAUUUUUUUAGUGUUCAUGAUAAAACAGUUACAUUUAUUGUAUUCCUUAAAUAUUUGAUUAGAUUCCUCGGUCACUAAUGCUGCUAGGCUGCCAGAUUUCAUUCCUUUAUUUACAUUCAAAGGGGUGGUUAAAUUUGAGUCUAGGAUUCAUAUUGUUUUUGUGGUGAGGGCUGCCUACUUUUGUCCAGUUAAUGUUUUGCUUAAGUGUUGCAUGCUGAAUUUAGAUGUAUACUUUAAAUACAAUUAAAUAUUUAAACAUUUAUUGUUAAGCACUGUGCAUUCCACAAAAGUCUCCUCACUUGUUGUCUUACCAGUGUAAGUUGGUGAACGUCCACUUCUCAGUGGGUCCCAGAUAUGUCUUUAUCAAUGUGUUAAGUUUGGCAACAGUGUUGUAUUUACCAUGUGUCCUGCUAUGUGACAAAUAAAUAUAAAAUAUAUUCAUAUAAAAUGUUAAUUAUAAAUAUAAAAUAUGAGAUACAUUUUGGAAGGCAAAAAGUGUAAAUUGGAGGCUUUUGGGAAACUCUGUACAGCAUUAAAACCAAGCACCUUGACUAUGGUAUUCAGUUUGCAAUCAUCUGUUAAUAUUGCUUUAACAUUUUAUUGCAUGUUUACCCUUGGGGGUUUUUUUGUUUAUUUUGUAAUUUAUUUUUUAUUUUUUGCUGUUGCAGUACAUCCACAAAACAGCAUGUUCCCAAAUUCUUUGUUGUUUGCUUGAGAAACAUUUUGGCUUUCACAUAUUAAAUAAAAUUCCAUUUCAUGA